GGUCCCGGCGGGCCUGGCCUGUGAGGGGACGGCAUGGGCGGAGACUACCGGCUUCUGGGCCCGACUGGGCCGGAGCUGGCUCCCCCGAGCCGGAGGCGGGGCGCGGGCGGGCGUCAGCCACGGUUACUGGUGACAGGUCGCCUGACUAGGCUCCUCCCCGGGCCCGCCCUCACAGGUUUGUCUUGUGACCGCGGGCGGCUGCCGCUUCUUCCCCGAGCUUGGAACUUCGUUAUCCGCGAUGAGUUUCCCGGCCGCUGCAUUCCUGCUCUUGGCGUUCAGCGCAGCCGCUCAGGCCGAACCAGUGCAGUUCAAGGACUGCGGUUCUGUGGAUGGAGUUAUAAAGGAAGUGAAUGUGAGCCCAUGCCCCACUCAGCCGUGCCAACUAAGCAAAGGACAGUCAUACAGUGUCAAUGUCACCUUCACCAGCAAUACUCAAUCUAAAAGCAGCAAGGCCGUGGUGCAUGGCAUCCUGAUGGGCGUCCCAGUUCCCUUUCCCAUUCCUGAGUCUGAUGGCUGUAAGAGUGGCAUUAACUGCCCCAUCCAAAAAGACAAGACCUAUAGCUACCUGAAUAAACUACCAGUGAAAAGUGAAUAUCCCUCUAUAAAACUGGUGGUGGAAUGGCAACUUCAGGAUGAUGCAAACCAAAGUCUCUUCUGCUGGGAAAUCCCAGUACAGAUCGCAUUCCCCUGCCUGUUCUCUGCUCACUGCCCAAUGCUAGCCACAGAGCACAGGUGUUUGCAGUUCCAAAGGGAGAAUAAGGGCCUGAGAUUCUGGAGCAGACCUGGCAUGUCAGUGCUGCUCCCCUCACCUGUAGGGGCUCAGAGAAGGGAAGACUUGGCUCCCCUCUGGCAGGCCCUCCUCCACAAAUCAUACGUCCCAGAUAAGCAGCCAGCAGGCAGAAAGAUCAGCUUAGCUCUGACUGCCAGUGGGUAAGGCCAAGAAGGAGCCUGGCAGACAAAUGGAUGGCUGCUGGCCUUGAACAUGGCAGAGCCGCUGGGUGUGCCAGAUCAAAAAGCAGAGAGCAGGCCGGCGGCAGCGGCGGCAGCAGACUCUCUUCUCGGCACUGGAGAAAUGCAUUGCUCUGCCCGCUACACCC